UAUGCAAAUUGACCACCAUAUUGAAAAUGAGUUAUCGUUCUUUGCCCACGCUUCGAUUCGUCUAGCUAACUGCGCAACUAAAAAUAGUAUAGGUAAUUUCCGAAUGAAGUAUGCGCAGUUAUUGCCCUUUGAUAACUCUUUUUUAACUCUAACGUGACAUGCAAACAGCAAAGAAAUCGGUUAAUAUUUGGAAUUUUGGCGAUUUUUUUUAAAGUUAUGAUAACAACUAGUAGAUAAAGAAUGAGCUGCAUAGAGAUAUUUGGAAUUCCCAAACAAACCUGUAGAGAAAUGUAUAUCUACAAAAUCAUUCAAAGAGUGGCCCAGGUUAAAAAGGUGUACCUGAAUAAAGAACAGGGUCAUGCAGAAGUGUAUUUACAUGACAAAUGUUCUGUUAACACCGUUUUGCAAAUGCAAUGGUCAAUCAAUGGAUCGAAACUAAUCCUGUCUCAAAAGAAGCUUGGUGGAAAUUUGCAUCCGUCAAAUCCUGUACGAAAGUUCAAGCGAUUCUGUAUUAAGCAUGAACAUGAUGAAAAGGAAUCAAAGUACAAUGAAUAUGUUCAUGGUAAGAGCACCUUUUGGACUGAUAUAUUGCAUGAAAGAUGUCAACCUCUGCAUAAAAAGGUGAAAAUGAAAAGACGGAAAUGGGAGGAAUUCACUCUUAAAAAAGAAAAUUGUAAGAAGAUCAAAGAUAAACAAGCAAAAACAAAGAAUGGUAAAAGUAAAGAGAAGAGGAUAGAAAAGAAAGAAUUUUUACAUUUACCGAAAUCUGAUACUAAAUCGGAUCAGGAGCUUCAAAGACCAGACAAUAAUAGUACGUUGGACACAGAUAGCGAAAACUCCAUAUUUAUCCCUGUCUAUUUGAUGCAAGGGAGAAAAGCAACAUUUUUGAAACUUACUUCGACAGAGAUUAUUGACAUCAAAAGACAGAUCCACAAAAGCUUGAGAAUUCCAAUUCGAUUACAGUUAAUUUUUCACAAUGGAAAACUGUUAACAGGAAAAUCAAAGGCUAAGAUAGAACCAUUUGACAAUAUACAUAUUUCCAUACGAGGAAGAGGAGGGAUGAAGAGAGAAGAUUCUCCAGCACCAGGGAAUGUUACAGAUUUUGGUUCGAAAAUAACCAAAGACUGUUCAGAGGAAGUGGUUACGGAAUGGAUCAAAACACAUGUUGGCAUUCCAGAUAAUGUAUAUAAGAAAUAUGAAGAUAUUCUAUCUUCCAUUGAUGGUGAAUUACUAUUAUCCUAUCAUGAAGAAGAUAAAUUGGCGACUGAUGCUCGUCUGCCAAUUGGGAUUGCCAGGAAGAUGAUAUACUUUUGUAAAAAAAAACCUGAGAAAUUGACUGAUUACUAUCUUUGCGAUGAAUCUCCUGAGGAAGUUAGCGAUUUCAUUAGACGGAUUGAAAAAAUUGGUAUUAAAGAAGAGGAAAAACAAGAUCUUUGCAAAGAAAUAAUCGAGAAAUAUAUUGAUGGCUUCAAUUUUAGAUUGUACCCCAAUGAAGAAGAAUUUAGCAAGGACUUCCAAACGCUUGAUAUACCAAAGUUAUGCUUUAAAAAAAUUCUUCUCAAUAGGACGAAUUAUUUUCCUGGAAGAAAAGAAAGAGAGAUAAUGACUACAACCGACUCACGAUUAUUUGUGACGAAAGACUUUCGUCACGCAGUACAUGGGAAUGAAAAUUUCGGUGAUCUAGAUAGGCCCUUACCUGUUGAUACUGAAAAACGUAAAAAAAAGAAAGAGAAAGAACUUGAGGUGAAGUCAAUGAAAACGCAUGAACAAGGAAGAGUGUCUGUUUUGUAUAUACGAGAAGGAUCUGUGGUUGAUAAAAAGGUUAGCAAAUCUGCUAUUCCGAUCAAGAAAAGAGAAAAACAUGCAACAGAAAACAAUCAACCCGUGUCCUUGGUAACACCCGAUAUCCAGAAUAUUUGUAUCGAACCCAACGAAACCCCUGAUAUCGAUGGAGGAAAGCAUAAGCAUGCAGAUAUUCCGCGAGAUUAUACCAGUUGCAAAGAAGAAAUGAAAAACAUGGAUUGUGCCCCCGUCAAACAUGUAUCUGAAGAAGAAAGGGGCACUGAUAUUGAUAUCAAAUGUAAAAUUUUAGAACGAAGAAUGCUUAUGGAGUCAGGGUGCAGGGUAUCAACGGACGUUGUAGAUUGUACGAUAAAUAUAGCGAUUCAUUCAAAUUGGCAUAGUCCAAGUAAUUUUGAAAGAAAAGUAAUAUUCUUUGUUGUCUCACUGCCAAAUGAAUUUGAAAACAAUAACAAACGGAAAUCACAACUUUGGAAAGCAAUUAUCAAAGAUCUUCCCCGUUGGGCUAAAGAAAUACCAGACAAAGAUACGGUAAACGAUGAAUCACAAAUUUGUAACCAGUGCAAAGCGCUAAAGUUGAUAAUGGAUGUUAAUACUCCGUCCCUACAGGUUUAUAAAUCUGCUACUUACAUUUUUCUUGUGAGUCAAUGCAUACUAGAAAAUGAUGGACGUGUUUAUAAAACACCCUUGAGCAAAUCUUCGAAAAGAAAUGGAGAUUUUUACUUUACUUUUACAAAAAAUCAACGUUAUUUUUCAUAUCAUCCAGAGAGAUUGUCAUCAGGAUUUAAAAGUAAAACUUUUCAAGAUAUACCAAAUCCUGAACCUUCAUUUGAAGAGACAAAACAUGUAUGCGAAACUGUCGGGAAUGAAAGUGAAACACCACCAUCAACAACACCAAGAGAAAUGAAACUGCAGCCUCCAAGAAAGUUUAAAAGUAGCAGUUGCGGUAUUGUAUACAGAAAGGGAAAUAUAUUCAUUCAACCAGAAGAUGAUGGGACAUUGGCGGAGAGAUGUAUUGAAUUUAAAUUAUUUUCCACAGCAAAAAUUGUGAAAUUUCUAAAAGAAGUUCUCAGAUUUGCAUGCGGAUGUUUAAAUAAACGCAUAAAUGGUACAAUUUACUUUGGCAUCGGGGAUGAUAAAAACACAGAAAAUUAUAAAAACGGCGAAAUAGUUGGUUUCCAUAUGACAGAGGAGGGGGAGAACACUCGAGCAGCGUUUUCAGAUGCUCUUAGACGUGGAAUCAAAGAUUGCUUUGACCAACCAGAUAUUGCAUCUGAUUGUAUAAAAAAUCCGGAAUAUGUGCGAACUGUGCAAAAUCAGUCAGAAGAAAAUAUCAGAAUUGUCAUGGAAAUUGAUAUUGAACCAUCAAAUGAAAAAUGUGGAGAUAAAGCAUUUGCAGUGAACCUUGGUAACAUCCAAAAUAUAUGUGGUAAGAGUAUCAAAGAUAAAUAUAUCAUGUUUCUAAGAGAUGGAUCUUCAACAAAAUCUUUGAAUCCUUUCGAAGAAUCUGAAUUCAAAAGUAAAAUUUUAAAGAGGCAUAUUCGAAAUCGGAUUGAGUUUGAAAAACGGAACCGACACCAGAAAAAUCUGUGUUCACAAUUAAAACAUUUAGUUACUUUAGGAGACUUCAGUCAUGACUUCAACGUUGAAAACACAGAUAACAAGUAUAUAUGCCCUGUUUUGAUUGCUGGGAAACCCUCAAAUGAUCUUAAAAGUGAUAAAGACUUCCAGGAAAAUUUUUCAUUUGUGAGACAUAUGCCUUUUUUUGCUGUAUUUGACUUUGAUGAAUCUUCUAAUAAGGAUGGUCUGUGUGCCCAUUUUCAUAUCCCAGAGCAAACUGUGUUUGUCGAGAGUGAUCAUUUUCACAAACAUACAAAAAAUUUCCAAGAACUUGCUGAAAACCUAAAUUUAGAGUACAGUACAAAAAAAAUAUGGCUAUUUGCUAAUGGAAGGUUAGAAUUUGGUGCACCUCAUCUUCAGAGAGGGCAAUGGUUUUCGAAAUAUUACGCCCAGAUAAGUGCUGCUGUGUCAUUUCUUAAUCAACCCUUUGUUAUUCCUACAAAUCGAAUAGUGUUUCUUAUCCUUCUACUUCAUGACGACUUUGUUGGUAUUCUUGAUACUUUUUGGGAUGUCAUUGCAAAGUUUGGCUGGGAUCCAAUAGUUAUAGUUGCAGAGAAUGAGUAUAUAUUUGAUGAAUUUGUGAGCCUUAUUGUAAAGGACGGUAAGGCUACAUAUGAUGAGUUAGAAAAACACAGUGUAAAAGGAAUCCCAUGGGCUCAUGUCAAACAAACUAUGUUACAGGUCUGCGGAAGAGAAGAAAAUGUAGACUAUGUCGUUCCAUCUUCUUCGGGAACACCAAUUUCACUAAAUGCAUUGUUUAUUGAUACAUGCAGAGACAUCCAAAUUUUAAGUAGCAACGAAUGUGAAAAUGAAUAUUCAGAUACAGAAGCCAGAAAAAAACUAGAAAAAACGCAACAGAUGCAGUUUUAUAAAGGUGCUAAAGUAACAUGGUGGAAUUUCUACUUCAGUAAUCAAGUGUGCCCCAGAACGGAUUAUUUGGAAAACUUGACAGAAAGGAUUAGGGAUAAACUGAAAGACCCGGAGAGUGAGGCAAGCGUUGUUGUUAUAACAAUUGCUCAUGAGGCAGGUGCAGGAGCAACCACACUCGGUCACCAUAUUCUUUGGGAAUUUCGAAAAGAGAAAGUGAGAUGUUGUGUUUUAAGGAAAAUAACGGACUCUACUGUUAUGGAAAUUCUCAAACUUUGGAAAUAUGGGGAAGACACUGGGAAUGUUUCGAAGCCCUUACCAGUCUUACUGUUGUUGGACGAUCUUUUGCAGUCUGAGGUUUCAUACGACAAUUUUAUGAGCAAUCUGAAAACAGAAUUUCGAAAACGAUCAGAUGGUCAUGGAAUGAAUUGCAUGGUACUUACAUGUCAAAGGGAGAAUUCCGAUUCAUUUUCCAAAGGAAAUAAAAAUCUUAAUGUUUUUCAAGUACGUCAUAAGCUGAAUGAAAAAGAAAAAAAAUGGCUUCGGGAAAAAUUUGAAGAGCUCGAAGAAAAUCACAGGAAAUUUGGUGAUGAUAACCCGAAAUAUUUAAUAUCUUUUAUGAUAAUGAGAAAUGGAUUUAACAUUGAUAUAAUUAAAGAAACACUGGCAUAUCUAUUAUAUAACGAUGACAUAUAUAUUCCGGAGAGAGAGUUGAUCAAAUAUAUUUCUUUUCUGUCGGCAUUUACCCCCUCUGUAAGACGAUGGACACGACUAUGUAUACCAGUAGAAUGCUGUGAUUAUCUAAUGAAGAAACGAUUUUGGGAAACCGAAAGAAAAUCCACUGCAUUUAACACGUUACUAAUCAUCGAAAAGGCAGAAUACAGAACUAAAAGAUACGUGCGAAUGGUAUACCCAAGAAUAGCUAAGGAUGUUUUGCAGGAAAUCAUGGCUAAGGAACAAAUACAGAUAGGAAAAGUGGCGACAGAUUUUUUAGAAAUAUUUAUUGUGCAAGGUAAAACAAGUGGGACAGUGCGGUUAAGAGACUUUACGCUAGCUAUGCUUAAAGAAAGGAUUCGCAUACAUCCUAAAGGCAAUAGAACAGCUUUUAGCCCACUCAUUGAAAGCAUAAUAGCAUCUGACGUGAAUUCAGCGAUUGAUUUAAUCAGUGAUAGUUUCGAAAUAUUCCAUGACCCCAUACUUGCUCAAAUUUUAGCUAGAUUGUAUCGUAAGCAAAAACAAUAUGAUAAAGCCGAGGAAUGGGCUAAAACAUCUGUUGAUUUUGCAACACAUCAAUCGCUCUCUUUCUGUCUUCAUACAUAUGGUAUUUUAUUGAGAGAGAAAUUUGAAAAUACUGAUACGGCUGGGGUGAAGCUGGAAACUGCUGACCAACAUUUAAGACUGAUACUGAGGUCUCUUGAAAAAUUCGUGGAGGCUCAAAAUAAAAGAGACCGGUUCUUGGAUACAUACGAAGCUUUUCAUGAUACUAUACAUACCAUAAAUACCAUCAAUGAUUUCUUGAGAAAAAUUGAGCUCAAUCUUCCUAAAAAAGAUCUUCGUAAAUAUAUAAUAGAGCGAGAUUUUAUUCCUGGUGUUCUGUUAGAGCCGUGGGCUGAAUUUCAUAAAAAAAUAAAGGAUAUGAAAUCUGAUGGAGAGAGAGCCAUUGACCUCAUUGAUGAUAGAAUUUGUUUUUACUCAUCCUUUGAUCUGCAAGAUAGUGAAAUGAAUGUAAAAGGACACAGAUCUUAUGCUGAUUUAGAGAAAAAUUACUCACCCUAUCUAGCAAAGUUUUCUUCAUAUUAUGGAGAGAACACAGAUAAUGUUGAUGAGGGUAUAACACCUCUUUUACAGGAUGCAUUUCACAGAGGUAGACUUUUGAAUUUGAAAGGUCAUUCAUUUAAAACGAUAUUUGAUCAAAUUACUAACAAAGAGCAGAAGAAGGAGAUCGUUGACAGAUUACAAAAAAUACGUUCCCAUAUUAAUGCUAUUAAAUCCACAACAUCGGCAGAUCUUGCAAACAAAAUCUGUGUAAAUAUUGCAUUAGGAAUAAUAGGUGGUCAUUUUUCAAAAGAAGAACAUAUCAUAAAGAUGUGUCUUGAAAUAAUUCAAAGAAACCAAGAAAAGGUUGAUUUAGCAUGUAUGUUUUUGUGCAUGUUAAUGUGGCCUUUGGAAGGCAUGAAAACAAUUUACGAUGACGAUCAAUUUCAUGAGGCUUUAAACUAUUUGCAGAAAAGUAAAAGAAAAAUUCCACCCUCGAAGAACACUGCACAAAAAGUCAAUAUGUUUGUUGUUACAGAAGACAAAAUACAUCAACCAAUUAUAAUCUUUCUUCGAGGAAAGGGUCCAGGAGUGCGUUCAUUGCAUCACAGAUCUAAGAUUUUCAUGAAUCAGCAAUUUCCACAGACCGAUGAGCUGCUUAAAAUGAAAGGAAUUGUGAGACAAAGUAAUACCGCUUCACCACAUAUAGCACUAGAAAAUAGUAAAGGUCGAGGCAUUAAUAUUCACAUGUUCAGGAAAAAGGACAAAGAAUUGCGUGUAGGAGAAGAGGUCGUUUUCUUCCUUGGGUUUAGCAUAGGUGGACCAGUAGCAUAUGAUAUUAAACAUGAUUCUUAUUUGUACACUUAAGAUAAAGAUCGCCUCAUGGACAUAACAUAAUGUAAAGUGUACUUAUUGAGUGGAUGUUCUUUAAUUUUUUACUUUUCAUAUUUUCUCAAUGACUUGAAAACAAAUUAUACAAGGGGUUAUAAUUUGGACAGAUAAAACCUACAGGUGUGUAGGCCUAUAGACCCUUCCAUUAAUAUUUUCUUUCCAUCAUGGGUUUUAAGAAACAGUAAAAUGUAAUAUUCUAAACAAAUAACACUGCAUUGGAUGUAGGAUGUACAAAUAGACUACAGCAUAAAUAAGCUGCUAACUGAUAUAUAAUAUGUACACAUGUAGAUAUAACGUUAGACAUCGAGUGGUGCAUAUAUAUCAUUUCUCAUUAUUUUCCCCUUUAGUUAACUACUUUUAAAAAUCUCCCCCACCAGUGAUAAUUAUUCACUGGUGAAGAUGUGUUUUUGGAAUACACAACAACCGAUACUUUGGAGGAAUGGGUAUAUUAAUAAGAAACGUUUAAACAAGUUUAUUACAAUUUUAUGAAAUACUUGUAGAGACUGUCAAUGGAUUAAUCGGAGCAAAUCUUUUUCAACUUGUACAGAGGUUUAUACAUAUCUUUAAUCUUUAUACCACCAAAGUGUCUGCUUAUAUUAAAAAAAACUUGAUGAUACUGUUGAUUGUUCUGAGCGCUAUUGUUUUUCAAGAUUGUACUAGAAAAUUCAAUCUUAUUAUGAAUAUACUGUGAAUUUUUAUGAUAAAAAAGCUCUGAUUAGAAAAGCUCUGGACAUUUUUGGAUUAUUUUAUAACUUCGUACGAGGAUUUUAGAAUUAACUAUUUUGUGUGUGUAGAUUCAAUUCGGCACGGAUUUUGUAAUUUAUUGUUCAACUACCGUAAGUUAGUAGUUUGCUAUUGAUACAAUUUUUCUUUCAGUCAUUAAUUGUAAAUCUUAUUAAUCUUAUUAAUUGUUUGUUUGCCUUUGUUAGUAAAUGCUGCUGUAUUGUAAAGGGUAAAUUCUGAGCCACAACAGAACUUUGGGCUUAUCCGAUAUAAUAAUAAAAAAUAUAUCGCAUUU